AUGCAGUUGCAUCCUGUCGAGGCCUGGCCUGGUGCCGUGGGCCUUUCUGCUCCGCCCUGUGAGGGCUUUGUCGAGGACAAAUUGGAGGGUUUCUCUGUCUUUGGCAGCGAGCCCUUGGGCAAAGCGCUUUGGUUCAACAAACUUCAGAAGGCUGCCAAGGAGGAUGGCGCCCGGCUGUCGCUCUUGCUGCGCUUGUCGCCGGUGUUGCCAAUCCCCUUCGACUCCUAUUGGUACCUCUUGGGUGCUUUACCCGUGGAGCUUUGGGACUUUGCUGCUGCGCACUUCGCUGGGUGCUUGAAGACGGCCUUCCUGGACGCGUCCUUUGGAAUGCUGCUUUUGACCUCUGUGGGCAAUGAUGGGAGCGUGGUCCAGUCACAGGCCCAACAGAUCGUACUGGUGGAGUCGGUGGCCUUCGCCAUCGUGGCCGUCCUGGUGAGCACCGUGGCCACCAGGCUGAUCAAUGAACUCUUGGGCCUGGACGAGGAGGCUCGAAUGAGCUCAGCUGGCACCAUGCUGCGACCCCGCAGGUUCUCCAAGGCAUCAAGCGAUGUCAGUGUGCAUGUGGGUCAUGAGUCGAAUCAAUUGGGGUUUACUCAAGUUUUUUGUUCAACGCAUGCAAUCUUACAAUGACUUGAAACAUGUGUCUUGGACAAUUUGCAUUGGUGUUCCCCAAAGUGACACGAGUUUACCCACACCUAGACAAAAUCAUUAGUUUCGCAAAGACCCAGCCCGCCAGGCAAAAUAACUUAUGGGUUGCAAAGGAG